UCAGACAUAGCAGGAUAUAUUGACUUACCACCGGCAACCCGUGGUUGCUUCCUAUGCUGUCUCUGAUGCCCCCAUCCUCUCGUCUGUGAAUCUAUUCUGUGAUCACUGUAGGUCAACUACCUAUUCAAUCUAGCGCUAGAGGUAUCAAUGCACAGCACACGUCUUGAAGAAACCCUGAAGUCCGUUCAACACCAUCACGAACAAUAUCUCAGACAUCUCAGCCUCCUCUAUGAGAUCCAAGCCCCUGGCAGAUCGAGUGGGACUGGGAGCAAUGUCACGACGUCAUCUCCCUUGCCCCUUACCAAAUCGUCCACCUCUGGGCAAGUUCAGCACCAUGGCAAUGGGUCACGGCGGCUAGCCAACGGGUCACCGAAAGUCCAGUCAGUGCCUGUGUUUUAUGGCCAUCUUGUGCCUGGAGACGAAUCCAGCGACUUCUUGCCCCUGACGUCUCCAUCAGACACUGCUCAGGCGAAAGGGUCGGCCAUUUCGACAUCCCCGGUUCUAAACCCUCUUCUAUGCGAAUCGUUCUCGGAGGCUGAUUUGGUCACCCACAUCCGCUCGAUCGGGGAGUCCACUCAAGACACAGUGACAGCUCUAGGCGAUGUAUGGCAAAGAAGGAACGAGCUGGAUGCUUCAAACAUCUUCAGCAGCUUCGAAUCGGGAGAGGGUAGCCGCUAUGAGAGUGCUACCUACGACAUCUAUGAGGUGGGAACAGAUGGAAUCCCAAAACCUAAGCAGGUAAUGGCCGAACCAACGCAAUGGGCUUUGGCAGAGGGAGACGGAGACAAUCGGGAUGGCUCGGUUUGGAGCGUUCUCAAGGAUAUGAAUGCUGAUGGGAGGGCUGUCGGGAGGAUGACGAUCCAUCAAGAACCCUCUCCGCUCAUGCUGGCUGCAGCUCACCUGACAAUGAAUCAGCACUUUGACAUGGACGAACUGUUUCAGCACUUGGUUUCCACGGCUGGGAACAAGGGGAAAACCAAGGCCUACAUGAACAGAGCUUUCGAAGCAAGUCCUAUCAGGCAACGCAGUUUCUUCUUUGUCUUCAAAUAUUACACAGUCGUCGGUGAGAAUCUGACGCCUGCGCCAUGGCAGGCCUUCGAUGACCGGCCCCCUGACCGAAGGUCGCCAGACCACAUCGACAUCACCGAGUGCAGCUCCGUUCUCGCGCUUUCCCUCGGUGGUGCCCAAACCAGGGAGGUCAAGGUCAAGGUCAAAAAGAAGACGCUCAAGGGAGUGAUCUAUGACAGCUUUGCUCCCUGGCAUCUCCUCAACAUCCAAUGCUUUCCCGACGACCAGCAUUCAACGCGCAGCGAAGAAGCCAAGAAACAGUUUUGCAACGGGCCACACGCUUUCCUCGAUGCCCUCUGUGUGGAAUACAGGGACGCGGUGAAACGAUACACCCAGGUGAACGAGAUGAUCACCAAGCUCAUCACCCCUCCUAACCAAUUCAUGUUCGACGUCCGACUCCGCGACAAGCUGCUGUUCGAAGACAGCCACUUCACCUACUCGCGCCGCUAUUUCUGGGCCUACAACACGCUGGGCGUCAUCAACGAGGGCAUCAAGUCGAUGCGCGCCGCCUACAUCAGCACCUUCACCAAGGACUUCUGGGCCGGCCGCCACCCGAGCCUCUGGCCGCAUCCGCACCCGGACUCGGACGACGGGCGAGACUACGGUGCGCGCAUGGACGUCCUCCGGCAGGAGCUGGAGAGCGCUGUGGGCGAGCUGCAGCAGAUGUACGACAAGAACGAGACGACGCGCACCGAGAUCCACUCCCUGCGCGAGCAGCUGUUCAGUGGAAGCAGCGUGAAGGAGAGCCGGCGCGCGAUCGAGCAGGGGGAUAAUAUCAAGAUUUUGACGAGCGUGUCGAUGAUCUUCCUUCCAUUGACCUUUGUUGUGGGCGUCUUCGGAAUAACAACCUUCGACAUCACCACCGAAGACUGGCGCUUCCCCGUAACGAUAGUAUCCGUCUGCAUCCCCUUCUUCAUCCUCAUCCUCGUCCUGCAGACCCGCGCGGCCAUGGAGUUGGUCCGCCGAUGCGGGUUGCUGGUGGAACGGUACACACGCCGCAUCUUCAACGUCGGGGACCGGAGGCACCAGUAUCUGCCCACCUACUACAACCCUCAUUCCGGCUCGGGCAGCGCGAGUGGGGUUGGCGGGAAUAGCGCGAGUAUUGCCAGAGGCGGAGGCGGAGGCGGCGGCGGAGGAGGAGGAGGGGGGCGUUCUAAGCAGCCUGAGGACGGAAAGAGGUUUUGGUUAAAGUCCCUCAGGGCUUGGGCCCGGAAUGUAUGGAUGCGGAGGUGGCCUUGGCCGAGGUCGAAAAGGGUAGACGAGCCGCAAAAGGAUUCCGAUGUUUGAGCAGGUAUAUAGACCCUAUGUAGCCCAUCUCUUGUUGAUCCGGGAAGGUUUGAUGGGCCUCCCCAUCUCUCCUUCGAACAGAACUCUGGGUAAGAAAAGCCCAGUAGCUCACAGUCUGAUACCCCUGUGGGUGGAGGGAGAUGCGCGGCCCAAGAAUCUUUCCGAGUUAUAGCCGGAGGCUCUAGCGUUCAAACAGUGGUGGCCCUUUUGCUUGCCGCCGUAGCCUGCCUUCUCCAGCGCCACAUGC